GGAGGGUCCAUGUUUAUCGUGGUUCUUAACUUAGCAGUGCCUGCUAUGCAGAUAGGUCUCACGUUCCUCCUCUUUAAGCCCGUGCGCGCGGCGGCUGCUCCUGCUCUGGGCAAGGCUCUCAACAGAGCGGUCCACAAUGGAAACUGGAUCGCAGCCAAGACCAUCUGGCUGGAGGCAGAAGUUGGAGAAGACAUUCAGGUUUUCCAGCGGAUGAUGCCGCAUCUUCGGUUCCUGCUGGAGCACUGCAACUUCCAGGAGCUCGACAAGCUCAGUGAGGGGGAGCUCAAAGCCUGGCAGCGCAUUGCUGAGAUGUUGGCGCUCGGGGAGGCCAAGUACUGCAAUCUCCAAAACCGGAAGAUCGGCAAUUCUGGCGCCAAGGUGGUGGCGGAGGCCAUGAAGCACACCACGACAGAGGAGCUUAACCUCGACAGCAGCGAGAUCGGAGCCGACGGCGCCGAGGCCUUGGGAGAAGGGCUCAAAGAAAACCGCAGUUUGCAGAGGCUUUACCUCUACAACAACAGCAUCGGCGAUGCCGGUGCUAAGGCCUUGGGGCAGGGACUGAAGGAAAACCGCA